CUUUCGUACCGCGGCGGCCACAGUACUUUUAUUAUGAUCCUUCUACGAGCGAAACUGCUACACAAGUUUCGCCCACCAUGAAGUCUUUCGCGUGUAGAGAAGCUCCCCGCCUGUUGUCUUGUUCCAGAGCUGCACAAAGAGCACCAGUUGCGGCUUACGUGACAAGAUGGGAACAAGGGCAGAGGAGAGGGUUUUGUGGUUCGAGGGCACGAUUGGCGGUCAAGCCAUACCUUUUGGCGGAUAUUGGUGAAGGUAUAACUGAAUGUCAGGUCAUACAAUGGUUUGUCAAACCAGGCGCGCGGGUUGAGCAGUUUGACCCAAUCUGCGAGGUGCAAUCAGACAAAGCAUCAGUCGAGAUUACAUCUCGAUUUGACGGCGUCAUAAAGAAGCUGUACUAUGAACCGGACGAUAUGGCUAAGGUUGGAAAGCCUUUAGUAGACAUCGACAUCCAAAGCGAGAUCUCGGCGGCCGACGAAGCCUUGCUCAACGGAGGAUCAGGCAAGGGACGUGCUGAAGAGGCUUCGACGUCUGCUGAAUCACAAGAGCAAGAGCUGGAAGUCGGUAGAAAUGACACAAAAGCUGCAGGCGGAGACGUGCUGUCGUCUGAACAAUCCAUCUCCCCACCACCCGAACCCUCAACCGAACAAACGAAACCACAACGGCAGCCGGGGCACCAUGCAUCACUGGCAACACCCGCAGUAAGGGGCAUGCUCAAGGAUCUCAAGCUGAAUAUCGAAGACAUAAAAGGAACUGGCAAAGAAGGACGUGUCCUGAAAGAGGAUGUUCAGAGACAUGCAGAGGCGGCGAAGCAAGCAUCAAGCUCCAUAUCAACUCCGCCUGCACCGGCUGCAGUGUCUUUGCAACAGCUUGAAGACCGCGUACACACCUUGACCCCGGUUCAGUCAGGCAUGUACAAGCAGAUGACCAAGUCGCUCUCCAUACCUCACUUCCUUUACACCGAUAGCAUCGACUUCAGCUCUUUGACACAGCUGCGCAAGAACUACAACGCCAACCGCGAGAAGGCCGAGCGUAUAACGCCACUACCGAUAAUCAUCAAGGCUGUAUCUCUGGCCCUUCAACAAUUCCCGCUUCUCAAUGCGCACCUCGAUGCUACAACGAACCCAGCAAAGCCCCAACUUUUGGUCAAAGGCAGUCACAACAUCGGUGUAGCGGUUGACUCGCCAUCUGGUCUACUGGUACCCGUCAUCAAGAAUGUUCAGAACCACAGCAUUGCUUCACUAGCACAAGAGAUCUCACGUCUCGCUGAUCUUGCUCGCACAGGCAAGCUAACAUCUUCGGAUCUGUCAGGCGCAACGUUCACGCUAAGCAACAUUGGAAGCAUUGGUGGCUCAGCUGUUGCACCUGUCAUUGUCACUCCUCAGGUUGGCAUUCUAGGUGUUGGCCGAGCAAAGGUCGUGCCUGCAUUUGGAGAGAACGGAGAGUUGGUGAAGAGAGAGGAGUGUGUGUUUAGCUGGAGCGCAGACCAUCGAGUCAUGGAUGGCGCGUAUGUUGCUAGGGCGGCGGAUGAAGUGAGGAAGUCGAUAGAAGGAGUUGAGAGUAUGUUGGUGAGGAUGAGGUGAUGUGCUAGACGAUCAAAAUAGAAAAACGUCCAUC